UCUGCCUGGCAUUUCUCUGUAGCUACAGCAGAUGACGUUAUGUGUCCUUCCAAGGAAUUCUCCUCCUUUAUCAAUGUUUUGAGAUCAUUCCUGUGAAAAUUAUUCCUACUCCCACUGCUACUGUCUCCAGCCUUGCACCAGAAUUGGUACUGACCACAGCUGCUGAAACCAGAAGGAAAUGAGUUGCCUCUGUGCUUCCUUCAGAGACAGAGGUCCUCGUGCUGAAACAGAAGCUAUGGAAAGUCAAAACGCUGGUCAAGAGCAUGAGAUUAUUGAAUUACAAGAAGACAACGUGGAGGAAAAUGAGGCUGAUCAUGACAAACCUCUAAAUGCUCAAACAAGAAAGGUACAGAAUGAUAUGCUAGGGGAGACAGAUCACUGGAAAUCAUGCGGGAAUGUAAUUUUCUGGAGGUGUAAACUAUGGAUGGUUAUAACCACAAUUUUUCUAGUCUUCUUCCUGGUUAUUCUCAUCAGCCUAAUCCUUUAUUCUAAUGUUUACACAGAUGAGGAUGACUAUUGGGAUCCUGAUGCACUACUAAACAGUGGAAAUUGGCACAACUUUUCAGGAACUUUGGAGUUAAUGUGUGGUCUCCCACAGCUAUUCUCUGAAGACAUUACUAAGAGGUUAACAGAUGUCUAUAGUUCAUCUCCAGCUCUAGGACGCUACUUUAGGUCAGCUCAGGUGCAUUAUUUCAGUAAUGAAAGCUCCACUGUGUUUUAUCAGCUAGAGUUUUCUGUACCACCAUCAACAGAAGGAUUUAUGGAAAACACAAUGAACCCAAAUUUCAUACGGAAUGUUUUACGUCAAAAUAUUUAUGAUGAAGAUGAUACUUUCAGUCCUGGGACAUCUGAAUGUAACGGGUUAAAGCUUGACCCAGCUUCUGUUACAUUAACAUAGAAAUGAUGGAAAGAUUUCUCAUCUUCCACCUAGAAGAAAUGGGCUACUUCUAUCUGUUAAUAACACCAUGGUUAGGGAGAUACUCAUUGGGAAGAAACACUUCUAAAUAUGUUACCUUAUAAAUGUGGUGUGUGAUGCAAUAUUGUAAAGGGAAAAUGUGGUAUUUUUAUAACAGUGUUGUAUUCCUGUAACACCUCUACCUCCUUUAUUUUUGUCCUGAUAUCUCAAUAACCUAUAUCUGAAUUAUCUGAAUAAUCUAUUUCAUUCGUGUGAAAAUCAUGCAUCUUGUAUGAUGCAUGCUCUGCUGACUAUGAAACCUUUGCUUUGUCUUGCCCUUCAAUUAAAUGUGGUUUCCCUGUACAAGUUUUAAAAGCAGUCUUGUACAUGUCUCCUCUCUGCUUUUCUUGGCUAAUUCAGAAUUAUCUACACAGCAUCGUCCUUAAUGAUCACAUGCAGCCAUGCUUGUGUCUUUUUUUUUCCCUGCUAAUUUCAUAUGCCACAUUUCCCCAUUGUUCUUUCCUCAUAAAACAGCCUGAAAACUAUCGUCUCUGUUUUCUUUAAUUGCAUGCAGAACUUUUGCACUAUCUUCUUAAGUGAGAUUUAACUUUCAUUAUUCCCUUGCUCAGAUAAUGUGGUAUAUAGUCUAUUUUUCUCUUCUGUAACAUGAAAUAGAAAUAAGGGAACAAACAUCAAGAAGUAAUGUAUUUUAUUAAUGCAUCUGAAUACGACAGGAAUCUCUCAAGUCAAAUUAACUGUGUACUUCAAUAAUUAGCUACUGGUGCUAGUGAAUAGACAGCUAUUUGACCCACAUUUGCAAAGCCAAAGAGAAACUAAUCUAUAUCUUUAAUUAUAGUCCUUGUCCUAGCAGUGGGGAUAAAAAUGAACAGGUGCAAGAUAUUUGCCUUAAUAAGGCAGAAAAUAGUUGUUCUGGUUGACAAGAAAGCAGAUGAAAUGGACCAAUAAAAAAAGGAAGAUGCUUAAGCACCCAUGUAAACCAGUGUGGCAUGAGAGUUAUAGCCAGCUACUGGCUAUAAAAUGAAAACUAAAAAUUAAACAUUAACUUUACAUAAAAUGAAAUGGAUUCACUACCAUGUUAGUGAAGUAUAGCUUUUGUCAUUUAUUUGUAGCCAAUGUAAAUGUUGAUAUUGUUGGAUGGAUAUAUUUAUUUUAAGAAACCUUUUGUAUUGUAAGAGAUUGUAUUACAGGAUG